CCAGUAGAGGAAGAAAGAUGGCGCCCACUCACGUACUGAGAUGCUGUCAACGGGGCUUAGCGUGGAUACCUGUGAUUUUUAUCGCCCUGGUCGUCUGCUGGUCGUAUUACGCGUACGUGGUGGAGCUUUGUAUAUUCACGAUCCCCAGUAACGGAGAGAAGAUUAUCUACAUGAUCUUCUUCCACCUCUCGUUCGUCAUGUUUGUGUGGUCCUACUGGAAGACCAUCUUCACCAUGCCUGCCAACCCUUCCAAAGAGUUCUGCCUGCCCAAGGCUGAGAAGGAGCGAUAUGAGAAAGAAGAGAGGCCGGAGAACCAGCAAGAGAUCCUCUGGAGAGCUGCCACCAGCCUUCCUCUGUACACCCGCACAGGAGGCGGCGCAAUCCGUUACUGUGACCGGUGUCAAGUUAUCAAGCCAGAUCGAUGUCAUCACUGCUCCGCCUGUGACAUGUGUGUGCUCAAGAUGGACCACCACUGUCCCUGGGUCAACAACUGUGUGGGAUUUUCCAACUACAAGUUUUUUAUCCUCUUCCUGGCCUAUUCGCUGGUGUACUGUUUAUUUAUUGCGGCUACCGUGCUGCAGUAUUUCAUAAAGUUCUGGACACUUUGCCGGAGGAAAUCGGCAGAGAACUGCCCAAAGAACGAGCUGCCAGACACUCAGGCCAAAUUCCACGUCUUGUUUCUCUUUUUUGUGGCGGCCAUGUUCUGCAUCAGUAUUCUGUCCCUAUUCAGCUACCACCUGUGGCUUGUAGGGAAGAACAGGUCCACUAUAGAGGCAUUCAGAGCACCUGUUUUCAGGACAGGCUCCGAUAAGAAUGGCUUCUCUCUUGGUUUUCGGAAGAAUAUUGCUCAGGUCUUUGGAGACCAGAAGAAGUAUUGGCUGCUGCCUCUCUUCACCAGCCAGGGAGAUGGUCUGACGUUCCCUACGCGGCUGGUCAGUGCAGAUCCAGAGCAGGGCACGGUGACUCUAAAUGCAGCACCCAAUAACAGUGCUGCUGACAUCUCGGUGAGCCCACUGAGUGACUCCCAGAAUCGCCUGCUGAGCAACGACCAGCACGCCAACAGCGUCGAAGACCACAUGGCAGAUGGCACUUUCAAACCAGCUGAAAGUGAAGCUGUUACAAUGAUGGCUGAAAAUGAAGCCGUUACAAUCUCCAUGGAAAGCGAGUCCUAACCAGGAGAAACUCUUCAGUUAAACGAUGCCUUAAGUAACACAACUUUUUAGUACAUCGCCCUGGCAACAGUGUCCCAGCACAGCUCCAUCCUCACAGAGACAUUCAGGAAAUCGCAGGAAUGCGUUUCUUUUGCCCGUCGCAGCACAGGACUCAAUCCAUGCCAUUGCCAUUUAUCACAUGCAGUGACCUAAGCAUAGAGCACAUCAUACAAGUUUGUUCCCUCUCACUCCAAUGCGCGCACACACACACAGAGCUGUAUUCGCUGUAUUCUUUUUCUUAGCACGUGAAACAUUUAUUGAGGAGUACUCUGGAGGAUCAGAGCUACUUUUAUUGUUUUGUUUCUUUUGAAUCACACGCUUCUUGGGUGCACUAGGCCACACUUUAUGGGCACAAAGCUGUGGUGGCACAGACUGAAGCAGUGUGGUUGUUUUUAAAGAGGCAGUAGAUCCCAUGGAGGUCUUUCAACCUUUGUGCCAUUUUUUGCCUUUUAUUUUUAAUUACUAGUGUAGAAGGAUAUCUACAGUGUACAUACAUAUUUUUAAGAAGGACUGCAGCGCAUUGGUUCAGCGCAGUGAACCACUUUGCACCCGGGAGGACUGUAGCCGGGGUUUCGGCUGGUGUUUUGUGUAUCAGAGCACAAGAUGGCGCAUUUGCACUUUAUAGAUUAUCAGUGUCUAUGGAGCAACAUGCUGCUUUAAAAGAGGCAGGAGGAGGCAUCCCAGGUAUAAGAGGUGUGUGUGCGUGAAACCGCUGAACUUUCUUUUUUUUUCUUCAUAAAGUCAGCUUUAUGUGUUCUGUGGCCAACUAUUGUUGCAAAAAUGCUGCUUGUAUGUUGGAGUGAUGGAGUUACAUAGUGCGCCGUCAUCCUCUAUCCCUCCUCAGUGAUUGUGCCCUGUGCUUGUCAACGGUUCAUAACCCUCAGCGUGUCUGCAGCUUAUUUCUCCUACAACUUAAUUGCCAAAAAAGGGCUGAUCUGUCAGGAGCUCUGACCUCGAAACCUGAAGUGUUUACAGCAUCCUAGCUUUAGCCUAGCACCACCGGCCAAUGUCAUCAUAACCAAACAGACAAACUGUCAUGAUGUCCUUUGCAACACCAAUGUUGGCCAGCAGGCGGCGACGCGUUCUCUGCUCCCAUUCAGACAGUUUCUGUGUUUUACAAACGUGGCUCAGGGCUUGUUCACUUUCAGUCUCAUUUGCAGGUGCAGCUUUCUUCAGACUAAAAUGUUUUCAUAAUCAGUAUUUCUUGUAGUAACUCGUCCUUAUUUAUUUUAAUGAAAGUGAAUGCAGCCCGACAGAUGUACUGUAAUAGAGCCGUCCACUCCGGCUUGUGUCAACGUGUCUGCUCUGUGUGUAAUUUGGAAUCCGCUCAGUAUUGUGACCUUUAAAAAAAGAAACAAAAAGAAAAACCUGAGCUUGUGUGAAACAUAACAGUUGGUUGUAUGUUAGUGUUGAACAUCUGGAAUGUGACUAGAGAGUCUGCCAAAAUUUGUAAAUGAAGCGUUAUCUAUAUGCCAGAGAACUAAUAGGAUUACAUUACAGUUUUAAGGGUGGACAAGUAAAAAACAACCAAAUAGGAAUUAUCAGGACAGAGUGGUGUUAUUUUUCCAAGGGAGCUGUCAUUUAUAUGCAACUUAUGACCAUUGAAGGGGUCGCGUCCCAUGUGGGUCCCACCCCUGACUGUUGCUGGACAAGCUUCCCACUGACUAGAUUCCAGCAGACUCUGGUGACGUACACGUUUACAGCUCUUUCUGUCCCGUAGAGUGAAGUAGUGCCGUUCUAAGAUGUUUCUUGGUGUUAGUUGCCACUGAUGGACAACGUGGGACAUCAGGGGUACUGAAGUGAUCUUAUGUUCUUUUUAUCCUAUCUGUCACGAUUGACCUUUUUAGCCCAAGUAUUUUUAUGGAGACUUUUUCAAACGGGUGUUUGGAGGCUGUUUGUUGGUGUAAGGAUUGUCCGUUCGGUGGCUAAGUGUCGGUGUCACACUAUAGGGCUGGCAGGUGAAGCUGCUGAUCAUGAGCCAAGGUUUUGCUCUGAUCAAACAUGGAUCUUUUCCAAACCUCAGACGUAGCUAUUUAAAGGAAAAUAGAAAGCGUGUCCCAUUCCAUGUGCGGAGCCUGGCUCGUCUCUGUCAUCUGUGUUUUACAAAUUGCCUAUAUUGUCUCUGGGCAGUUUGGCCUUGAGAUUAAAGAGCACGUGUGGAUUUUGUAACGCUUACCUGCGUCUUCUCUUUUGUAGUACUGUUUGUCUCGGGAGAUGUGGUUCAUGUGCAGCCAUGAGAUUUUUACUGUCUGUGUAAGUAACUGUCUGAUUAAUGCUUUGAAGCAUGGCACCUGACUAAAUGUGUUUUACUAUGGUUACUGAGGUUUUGUUGUUGAAUACACAUAGGGGGGUGAAAACGUAGCUAGGUGCAUCAUGUUUAAAGCUCGCUUUACUCUGAUCUGUCUCAACUGUAGAAACGAAGCCAUAAAACUCUAGUGAAGAUGCAAAAGGCUAAAACAUGGGGUCUGUAUUCUACACGAUGCAGGUGUAAUUUAUCAUAACAUGCUUAUUCAACAUUUCAUUUUGUUAUCUCCUAUUUUACAAUGUUUGUGAAUAUGUAUAUAUUGAUAAUGUAAGAAAAAGACUACAUAUAUUUUUCUUGUUUGAUUUUCUUGUUCCUAUUUUGUGAAUGAAAUACAUCCACAAUUAAUGUGAAAAUAACAAUAAAUGUUUUUGUUUUUUUAAUUUA